AUGGGAAGGCUAGUAGCGAAACUGCUCGUGCUGGGCUUGCUUUCUCUGAUCACGACGACGUGUCGGCCGGUGCUCUCGGCGGCGCCUCCUCGCGCCCACGACCUCCGGCGAGCUCUAGAGCAAGCCAUGCGCGGCCGCCUCCUCGCCGACGCGGCGGGCGCGGCCGUGCCCUUCCACUGGUCCCGCGAGCUCUAUAACGUGGUGGACUUCGCCGUCGGCACGCCGCCGCAGAACGCGUCGGCGUUCCUCGACCUCGGCGGGGAGGCCGUCUGGACGCAGUGCUCCCAGUGCAAGCGCUGCUUCAAGCAGGACCUGCCCGUGUUCGUCCCAAACGCGUCGUCCACCUUCCGGCCGGAGCCCUGCGGCACCGACGUCUGCAAGUCCAUCCCGGCGUCCAAGUGCUCCAGCAGCAACGUGUGCACCUACGAGGGGACCGCCGAGCUGGACAAGCACACCGUCGGGAUCGUCGGAACCGACACCUUCGCCAUCGGGACGGCCACGGCGAGCCUCGGCUUCGGGUGCGUCGUGGCUAGCGACAUCGACACCAUGGGUGGACCUUCCGGGUUCAUCGGGCUAGGGAGGAUGCCAUGGUCGCUCGCCGCGCAGAUGAAACUCACCAAGUUCUCCUACUGCAUGGCGUCCCACGACACCAAGAAGGCCAGCCGGCUGUUCCUCGGCUCCUCCGCGAAACUGACCGGCGGCAAGACCGCCUCGACGCCGUUCGUCUUCACAUCCCCUCGCGAUGAUCUGAGCCAGUAUUACCCCGUCGAGUUGGAAGAGAUAAAAGCCGGCGACACGACGAUCACGAUGCCUACGGGCAGCAACACCGUCCUGCUUCAGACCGCCAUGGCGCGGGUCAGCUUUCUGGUCGACAGCGUGUACCAGGACUUCAAGAAGGCGGUGCUCAAAGCCGUCGGUGCCGCGCCGACGGCGACGCCGGUGGAACCUUUCGAGGUCUGCUUCCCGAAAGCCGGGGUCAGCGGCGCGCCGGACCUCGUGUUCACGUUCCAGGCCGGCGCCGCGUUGACGGUGCCGCCGUCGAACUACCUGAUUGACGCCGGGAACGACACGGUUUGCUUGUCGGUGAUGAGCAUGGCGCUGGUGAACGUAUCGGCGUUUCAGCGGCUCAACGUCCUGGGCAGCCUGCAGCAGGAGAACGUCCAUUUCCUCUUCGACCUCGACAAGGACACGCUCUUCUUCCAACCGGCAGACUGCGGCUCACUCUCCAGCUGA